AGUGAAGAUAGACAGUUAGAGACUACUAGAGCUAACUAAACUAACCGCCACUCACCAUCUUCACUUCCCUAUCUCUGAGUUCUGUAAUGAAAUGCUGCUUUCACCAUCCCCAACUAAACCCUAUCUUUCUCCAUUUUCCCCAAUUCCCAAAACCCUAAUUCUCCAAAAUCCAUUAAAAUCAAGAACCAAUUUCAAACCCAAUUUCAUCGUCCAUUGCUCCACUUUCAAUUCCCAAACUCGCACUCACUCUGCAAUCCAACGAAUAGCUGAAAAACUCCGCUCUCUCGGCUACACAACCGAGCAAAAUCCUAAACCCAAAACCCUAAACUCGACCACGGAAGCUGAAACAAAAGCUUCUGAAGGUGAAAUCUUUAUCCCUUUACCCAAUCAAUUAGCCAAGUACCGAGUUGGGCACACGCUUGACCCGAGCUGGAGCACGCCUGAGAACCCGGUCCCCAGGCCGGGUUCGGGUAAUGCCAUAGUGAGGUAUCAUGAGCUUAGGAAGAAAGCGGAGGAAGAGAAAGAGGAGAGGAAAAGAGAGGAGAAGGGGAAGGGGAAGGUGAAGGUUCCGACUUUGGCGGAAUUGAGUUUAAGUGAGGCAGAGUUGAGGAGAUUGACGACAGUUGGGAUUGCGGAGAAGAGGAAGUUGAAAGUCGGAAAAGCUGGAAUUACGGAGGGGAUUGUGAAUGGGAUUCAUGAGAGGUGGAGGAGAAGUGAAGUUGUGAAGAUUGUUUGUGAGGAUAUUUGUAGAUUUAAUAUGAAAAGGACUCAUGAUUUAUUGGAGAGAAAAACUGGAGGCUUGGUUGUUUGGAGGGUUGGGACUAAGAUUGUCCUGUAUAGGGGUGUUAAUUAUAAAUAUCCUUACUUCGUAUCGGGUGGUACUACUGCAACUGAUACCUCCAUUAAUGUUGCACAAGAUGGAGAUAAGUCUAAUGAGGGUGAUAAAGUGGAGAGCUCAUCAACUGGAGUAGAUCAUAAAACAGUUAGGCCAGCUUUGAUACAAGGUGUUGGUGUAGUGAAUAGAGUGCGAUUUCAACUGCCAGGUGAGGCACAACUUGCUGAAGAGGCUGACAGUUUGUUAGAAGGACUGGGCCCGCGUUUUAAUGAUUGGUGGGGAUAUGAGCCUCUUCCGAUUGAUGCUGAUCUUCUUCCUGCUGUUGUACCUGGAUACCAGAAACCAUUCCGCCUUCUUCCUUAUGGUGUCAAGCCUAUUCUGACAAAUGAUGAAAUGACCACAUUAAAGAGACUAGGACGGCCCUUGCCUUGCCAUUUUGCAUUAGGUAGAAAUCGGAAACAUCAAGGACUGGCUGCUGCAAUUGUUAAACUUUGGGAAAAAUGUGAGAUUGCUAAAAUUGCAGUAAAGAGAGGAGUACAGAACACUAAUAGUCAGCUGAUGGCUGAAGAGUUAAAGUGGCUGACUGGUGGAGUUCUACUUUCGCGAGAUAGAGAAUUUAUUGUGUUGUAUAGGGGAAAGGAUUUCCUUCCAUCUGCAGUUUCUUAUGCUAUAAAAGAGCGAAGAAAGCUUGUGUUUGCUGUGGAUAAAGAGAAGAGAGACCACAGCACAUCAGAAGAAACAGAAAAAGAGGCUGAGGUCACUGUAGAUAGUACUACAACUUCUCGUUCUAAAAAUGAAAUUCGUGGUAUUAAUGACCAGAAUUAUGAUCUGUCUGAAGAACGGAAGCUAAAGUCGACUGAAGCUGCUAUUAAGAGGACCAGCAUUAGAUUGUCUGUGGCAUUGGAAAAGAAAGCACAAGCAGAAAAACUUUUAGCAGAAAUAGAAAAUUCAGAGCUGCCUCAACAGCCAGAAAUAGAUAAAGAGGGUAUCACUGAAGAGGAAAGAUAUAUGCUGAGGAAGAUUGGUUUGAAAAUGAAGCCCUUCUUAUUAAUGGGUAGACGGGGGGUUUUUGAUGGAACAGUUGAAAAUAUGCAUCUUCAUUGGAAGUAUAGGGAGCUUGUUAAAAUAAUAAGUAAUGAGAGAAGUUUAAAAGCUGUUCAUGAAAUGGCACAGACCCUAGAAGCAGAAAGUGGUGGUAUACUAGUUGCAGUGGAAAUAGUCAGCAAGGGUUAUGCUAUUGUUGUAUAUCGUGGAAAGAAUUAUCAGCGCCCUGCUCGUUUGAGGCCUCCAACUCUCCUGGGUAAGAAGGAAGCAUUGAAGCGCUCUAAAGAGGCACAACGACGUCAGUCUUUGAAACUUCAUGUUUUGAGGCUUACCAGAAAUAUAAACGACUUGAAGCUUGAAUUGGCUAAGGAUGAGGAAGCCCGCAACAAGCAAUCAUCUGACGAGGUUGAAGAUGAGAUAGGCAGCAUCGAGUCAGCUAUACAUGUGAGAUCAGACUCUGAUCAGUAUUCUGAUAAUCACUCGUGUUCAGACAUUCCUUCCCACUAUAACGAGAAUGAGAAUGUAGUGUACACGGCAUACAGUGAGCUGCAAAAGACUAAUCAAGUUGAUGUGUCUCAGCUAUUGGAUAUAAAUGGGACUGGUGAAAGUGAACCUGCACCAUUUUCUGAAUCAGCGAGUGAGGGAAGUCAUGCACCAGUAAACAGCAUACAACCUGCUGAACAGACUAAUCAAACGGAUCCUUCUUUGCAAUUUGAUGGGGUUGAUAUUGGUAAAGUCGAAUCUGAGUUUUCAUCAGAAUCAGUGAAUCAUGCAAACCAAUUCGCUGCUGUAAAUGGUGUAGCUGUUGACUCAACGCCUUUUUCUAAUUCCAAGCUAGAGGAAGAGGGAUUUUCUCCCCUUGUUAGUGCUGAGCAUCGUGUGCCAAAAAAUAAGAUAGUGAGAUCAACUUUAGAAUCAAGUGUGUUGGAAAAUUCAGUGUCGGCAAAAGAGGAGAAUCGGAUGCCUUCCAGUACUAUUCAUCUUUCGAAUAAAGACAGGCUUAUGUUAAGAAAGCAAGCCCUCAAGAUGAAGAAGCGCCCAGUGCUUGCCGUAGGGAGGAGCAACAUUGUGACAGGUGUUGCAAAAGUAAUCAAAGCUCACUUUAAAAACUAUCCUCUUGCUAUAGUAAAUGUUAAAGGCAGAGCCAAAGGAACUUCAGUGCAGGAAGUGGUUUUCCAGCUCGAGCAAGCUACUGGCGGAGUUUUGGUCUCCCAGGAGCCUACCAAAAUCAUUCUCUACCGCGGCUGGGGAGCAUUUGAUGAACAGCGUUACAAGGGUAAGAAGAAUGCCCAAGAUGCAGGUAAAACAUCAGUCCCUGGGGAAAACAGGUCACAAGUUGCUGUGUCGUUUGAGCUCAUGGAAGCGAUAAGACUUGAAUGUGGCCUGCAGAAUAAGCAAGAAUAUAAGCAAUCUCGUGUAGCUGAAAAUUGAGGUUAUGCCAAGGUGUGACUCGAACUAUUAUAAUGUUUUGUCUGAGUAAAUGAUAAGCUGCAUAGUGGAAAUUCAGAUCCGUUCACUCUUCAGCCCUUUCCGUGCAUUAUACAUUCAAUCAGCAGCAGAUUCUUACAAGCAUUGGCGUGCUUUUAGAUGAUCCAUAUGAUUAGCCAAUCAAAUGCCUCACAUCAAAGCAGAAAGAUCGACACCUCAAAGAAGUCACCAAAUGAGCUAUCAUCGUUUCUGCAUGUUCAUCGCGUUCUUUCAAGUACAACCAUUAAAGGUCAUAAUUGAUAGAUGGUCCGUUUUUCUUUUCGCGCUUCUUCUUUCUUUUACAUAGCCUCAAUCAUUAUGUGUGUCGUAAAAGCUAAUUUAAGAUCAUUGUUUUGUUGUUUAGGGAGGAAAAGACUACUUAAGGUUAAUAAUGGUUGAACGCAAACUCUUGCAUAUGUUGAUAAUAGCAACCAUUAUAUGAUGCAUAUGGUAGCAUCUAAUUUGAAUGUAAUUAGAAUUUGACAUGAUUAUCAAAUUUACAAAUUAGAUUAUAUUCAAAGUUAAA